UUGAGAAGUCAUGAGUUUUUUAUUGUAUUCAUCACCUAAUAAAAAUGGGGUAUUAGAAUACCCCACGAUACGUUACGUUUCGAGGAAACACGAUAUCAGUUACAGGUUAAAAUUACUGUAGUUAUCCACCAGUGGCGCAAAAAGUUAUGACCUCUGCUAGUUUCUAGAAAUACCAUCGAAAUCGUAUCAAGGAACAAGGCAGCUGCACGUCACCAGCAUUAUGGAUUAAAAUAUGUUUCGAGAGGUAGGGAGCCAAUGGGGAGCCAGAUCGGCGCGUCGUAUUUGCUCUCUCCGACCUCGGUAUAAAAGCGAAACCGCACCCGGUUUUCUCCAUUCUCUCAGUUAUCGAUGCCAUAGUUGUGUGUUCUGUUCGUGUUGUGAAUUGUUGCACGAUCCUCCAUUUUGUCGCCAUUGUUCCAGCGUUCUUCAAGUUCCUAGAUUUCGAUUGGUGAUCGAGAAAACGAACUGCAACUGCAUUUAUCAGACUCAGUCACCUUUUUGGGGACGUCCACCGUCCGAGCUGGGAAUUCACCUGUUUGGUUUGUAAUUAU